UUGUUGCACAGCUGGUCAGUUUCAGUCAUUUUUAUUUUGGAGAGUGAGUUUGAUCAUUUGGUCAAUGGUCUAUUUAAGGAUGAGAUUGAGACUUUGUGUUUUCUCUGUGCUAUACAUAACCCUCCAGACUAAAACAUCCGCCACCCACAGCAGACACAAACCAACAUCGGGGGGCUCAAAACAACAACAAAAAACCCGUUGGUGUAUACAUACCCAACUUCCCUUCCUGGUCUAUAUCUAUGAUGAGUGCAUAAUUGUGUGGAUUUUUGGAGUCAGAUUGUCCAUUCAUUCAUCCCGGACUCCUGAUGCGCAGUCAGGAGGACCAGCCGUGCGUGCAGCGCCGCUUGUGAACGUCUCCUCCCCUGUUUCUGCAGUGUUACAGCUCUCGCUUCUCCGCUCAUCGCUUCUUCUGCCAGUGCUGCCCACGCCGCAAGAGUAAGGCGAGCCUUCUUCCUUUUGCACAGCACCUCAACUCCUCUCCCUGUCUGCCACCAUCCCUCCGCUUGAUGUCCAUCUUGUCCUGAUCCGUGCUCCGUGCCGUUUUGCGUCCUCUCGAUUCUACACCAUCCAUUCACGUCUACUUUCAUGUGAGGUCCUUGGUUGUUUUUUUUGUUUUUUUUUUUGCGUUACCAGUUUAGACAGAAGAGCGAAGGAUUUUUUUUUUCCGGCUUUCCAAAGAAAAGGUUUUUCUUUCUUUCUUUCUUUCUUAAACUGGUGAAUCUCAUGAAAUGUUGACUGGUUGAAGCUGAGGGAACGAGGAUAGAUCCAGCAAUUUAAUUGAUUAUUUUUACGCAUCAACAAUCGCACGUAGUCUAAACAGAAGAAAGCUGAUUUUUUUUCUUCUUUAUUUUAGACAUUUAAUAAUAAUAAUAAUAAUACUAAUAAUAAUAAAAAUAGCUUUGGUGGAAGAUGAUUCAAAAAGCAAAUCGGUGAGAGGAAGUGAUCGGACUGCCUUAAGUUUGCUGAGGUAGGGUAACUGUCAGGAAAACAUCGAGGAAACAGCGUGGGAAGCGACGCGGCAUUUCCAAGACACCAGCGCAACAAGCCAGGAGCAUUACACCAGCCCGCUGCGUGGAUGGCGCACAGGCUUCCUCUCCGCGCUCAGGUGGUGCAGGGUGGCCACGGUGAGACCGGGAUCCAGUCGGGCUUCGGGGCUUUUUAGCAACAUGAGGGAGAAGUUCAUCUCCUGAGGCCACAACUUCUACACCGGGCUGACUCACUGACAACUGCGUCCAGAGGAACCUUCCACAAACCUUCAAAUGUGACACAAUUUGAUCUCCAGCAUUAGAAGACACCAAAUCUGAUCAUGACUUCAGACAAAUGCACUAGGAGCUUACCACGACCCAUCGCCCCAUGGAUGUUUAUCACCUUCUUGCUGGUUCUUCAGCCGGGAGUCACUUCUUUCUCCCACGGCAGCUCCGGCUAUGAAGACACCGGCGACGUCCUGAAGAAUUGCUCCAGUGAGGACAACUGCUCAGACGGCGUGGUGCUGCCCAUGUGGAACCCCCAGAACCCUGCGGUUGGUGACAAGGUGGCUCGAGCUAUUGUUUACUUUGCGGCUCUCAUAUACAUGUUCCUGGGUAUGUCCAUCAUCGCGGAUCGUUUCAUGUCUUCCAUCGAGGUCAUCACCUCUCAGGAAAAGGAGAUCACCAUCAAAAAGCCGAACGGCGAAACGACAACGACCACCGUGCGCAUCUGGAACGAGACUGUAUCCAACCUGACCUUGAUGGCUCUCGGCUCCUCAGCGCCAGAGAUCCUGCUGUCCGUCAUCGAAGUGGUCGGCCACGAGUUUGAAGCUGGAGCUCUGGGGCCCAGCACCAUUGUGGGCAGCGCCGCGUUCAACAUGUUUAUUAUUAUUGCCCUUUGUGUCUACGUGGUGCCAGAAAGCGAGACCCGCAAGAUAAAGCACUUGAGGGUGUUUUUUGUCACUGCCGCCUGGAGCGUGUUCGCCUACAUCUGGCUGUAUCUGAUCCUGUCUGUCUUCUCCCCCGGAGAGGUGGAGGUCUGGGAGGCGGUCCUCACCUUCCUCUUCUUCCCUCUCUGCGUGCUGCAAGCCUGGAUCGCAGACCGACGCCUGCUCUUCUACAAGUACGUCAAUAAGCGCUACCGCGCCAACAAGAACCGUGGCAUCAUCAUCGAGUCCGAAGGUGACGCCAUGUUCACCAAAAUGGACCUGGAGAUGGACGGGCAGGGCGCGAACUCCCACCCUCACAACAAGGAGGCUCUGGAUGGGAUGCUGGAGGGGGUGGAGGAAGGUGGAGGGAUGAGCGCAGAGCAAGACCAAGAGGAAGAGGCCCGCCGGGAGAUGGCGCGCACCUUGAAGGACCUAAAACAAAGGCAUCCAGACAAAGACAUGGAGCAGCUGAUUGAGAUGGCCAACUACCAAGUGCUGGUGCAGCAGCAGAAGAGCCGGGCCUUCUAUCGCAUUCAGGCCACGCGCAUGAUGAUCGGAGCCGGGAACAUUCUGAAGAAGCACGCGGCUGACCAGGCCAGGAAAGUGGUGAGCUGUCAUGAGGCCAGCGGGCAGGAAGAAGAUCCCAACACCAUCUACCUGCAGUUCGAUCCCUCUCACUACCAAUGCUUUGAGAACUGCGGGUCCUUGAAGCUGACGGUGAGCCGCCAUGGAGGAGAGGCUGGCUGCACAGUUAAGGUGGACUACCGGACGGAGGAUGCGACAGCCACUGCAGGCUCAGACUACGAGUUUGCCGAGGGCACGUUGGUAUUCAAGCCUGGCGAGACGACUAAAGACUUCACCGUCGGAGUCAUAGACGACGACAUCUUCGAGGAGGACGAGCACUUCUACGUGCGCCUUAGCAACCCCCGCAUUGUCCACCGGGCCGAGGUCUCAGUCCUGGAGCCCAACUCCAUCACGUCCAGCAACAGCACGGUUGGCAUGUCCUCGCACGUCCCUCCCAAGGCGGCCCUGGGGAACGCCCCCGUCGCCACCGUCACCAUCUACGACGACGACCACGCCGGCAUCUUCACGUUCGAGAGCAACUCCACCAGGGUGAGCGAGAGCGUCGGCAACAUGCAGGUGAAGGUGCACAGGACGUCCGGCGCCAGGGGGAAGGUGGCCGUGCCUUACCACACCGUCGAGGGCACCGCCAAAGAGGGGGAGGACUACGACGAGGUUUCCGGCAAGCUGGAGUUCCAGAACGACGAAACCAUGAAGCUGCUGAACGUGAAGAUAAUCGAUGACGAGGAAUAUGAGAAGAAUAAAACGUUCACGAUUGUGUUGGAGGAACCCGUGCUGUUGGAGGUGGGACAGAGACACGGGGACACCAAUGACAACAAAAUGGCGGUGGGUCCAGAGGAUGUGUCAAAGAUGGGCUGCCCCGUCCUGGGAGAGCACACCAAGCUGGAGGUGGUCAUUGAGGAAUCCUACGAGUUCAAGAGCACAGUGGACAAGCUGAUCAAGAAGACCAACCUGGCGCUGGUGGUGGGCAGCAGCAGCUGGAGGGAGCAGUUUGUCAGCGCCGUCACUGUCAGCGCAGGCGACGACGACGAAGAGGAGAGCGGGGAGGAACGGCUGCCGUCCUGCUUUGAUUACAUCAUGCACUUCCUGACGGUUUUCUGGAAAGUUCUCUUCGCCUUCGUCCCCCCGACCGAAUACUGGAACGGCUGGGCCUGCUUCUUCGUCUCCAUUUCCCUCAUCGGCGUCCUGACAGCUGUGACGGGCGACUUGGCCUCGCACUUCGGAUGCACCGUCGGUCUGAAGGACUCGGUCACCGCCGUGGUGUUUGUUGCCCUCGGCACCUCUGUUCCAGACACAUUUGCGAGUAAAGUGGCCGCCAUCCAGGACCAGUACGCCGACGCUUCCAUUGGGAACGUGACGGGCAGCAACGCGGUGAAUGUUUUCCUGGGCAUUGGGGUGGCGUGGACCAUCGCCGCCGUUUACUGGAAAACCAAAGGUCAGACAUUCAAGGUGAACCCGGGCUCACUGGCCUUCUCCGUCACCCUCUACACCGUCAUGGCGCUGGUGUGCGUGCUCGUGCUGCUCUACCGCAGGCGCCCCAGCGUUUCGGGCGGCGAGCUCGGGGGCCCACGGACAGCCAAGCUCCUCACCUUCUUCCUGUUCCUCUCCCUCUGGUUCAUCUACAUCCUGUUGGCCUCCUUAGAGGCAUACUGCCACGUGCCUGGCUUCUAAACGCAAGGCAAAAGAAAAAAGUACAGACAUGACUCCUCUUCUUGUUUUUACAGUUUUCUCCCUGUUUUUGUCUAUUUUCACAAGAUUUCUAACUAUUUGUAUCAUCACUUAUUAUUGAUAUAGCACAAAAUCUAGAAAAUGAUGCACUUAAGGACUUUGGGACUUUGUUACCGCUGAUGAUGCUGUGAAAGCUAGCUUUAGCCACUGAAGCUAAACUUUCUUUUCCUACGCUAAAAUACUUAUUUCAUGUGACGUUUACAGUGCUGUGAAAAUGUAUUUACCAACCGACAGAUUUCUUCUGUUUUUCUUUUUUUUUGGGUAACAUGUUUUAGAUCUUCAAAUCAUUUUUAAUAUCAAAUCAUGAUAAAUGGAGUAAAAUAAUUGGCACCAUAAAGUAAUAACUUAGCCAUCCUUGGCAGCAACUUGGCAGUAAAUUUUGACCUACUCUCCUUUGCAGAAUUUCUUCAAAAAUCAGGAGCGUUUGAGGAUUGAUGGGCAUUAAGAACCUAAUUUGGGUCAUGCUACAUGCUCUCAAUCAGACUUAAGUCCAGCCUUUAGCUAGGCCAUUCCAAGACCUUAACCUUUGGUAUGUUGUAGCCAUUCGUAGGUGUGCUUCCUGCUCUGCUUCAGAUCGUUGUCCCGUACAACGUCAGGAUAACUCGUCCUGGUCAUAAAGGAGCGAACUCCCACAGCUGGAGUUCUGGAUCUGAAAUGCUGUGUUAGUUUUAGAGCAGAUAUAACAGAACAUCCAUCCAUUUAAAGUUUUCUUUUUUCUGUCUUAUCAGUCCACGGAAUAUUGUCCCAAACGUCUUGGAGAGGAUCAAGAUGUAUUUUUUGGUACAUUUGAGGCAUUUUGAACUCCAUUUUGAUGACAGUCUUAAAACCUCGUUGCACCGCUGUGUGUGAGCCUUUUGGUUCAAAGGUAUCGGAAGGCACAACGCCACACUAAAAAGAUGCUUCCACGUCAUCUUUUUACACAUUCAGCUCAAAGCAUAAACAAUUUGAUCACCAUAUUAACCUCCCUGCAAUGGAUUUUUUUUUUUUUUUUUUAAUUUGUAGAAGAACCCCCCCACGUGAAUGGCACAGCUCUCCCACGCCUCAUAUACAGCACAUGUUCAUUCCCCGCUGCAGAAACAAUGCAACUGUGACUCAGAUGUCACAGCAGUCGCUCUGAAUUAAUCUCACUUAGCCUCACACUAGGCUGUACAGACGGUUUGUACACCUGCACUACCUGGAGUAGGGAAACCAAAAGUGAAACUUAAGCCAUCACCUACUGAUUUAUUUGGCUUUUGAUUAUUUGACCACCUAAUAGAGCACUGACAUUUCAUUCCCUGAUGGUCGGUCUGUUCUUAUAUUGAAGAAAUAAAUAAAACAAGAUGGGGACGUCACAGAAAAGUAACACCGACAGUCAUAUCACCCAAUUAAUCUGUAGUAUGCGUGGACAUUUCACAUCGGGAGUGCAUCAAAAGCAUCACACAAACUUAAAAACCUGAUCGUUUAAAAAAAAUGCCCUUCUUCUCCUCAAGUUUGAACCCACUUACCGGGUAUUUUCAAAUCGUAACAAGACAGGAAACAGCAUUACUGCGUCUUUAGUGGUAAAUCACUGACCUUUACUGAGGCAAUAGACGUCUCUUAAAUGUGUUUGAUGAUUUGAAACAAGUGUAUAAAAAAACAAAACAAAGAAGAAAUCUGUGAGGUGCGCAACACUUUUUCACUGUAUAUAAUCAGCUUCAGCACCACCAAGCCGCUCUUCUGCUCGACAUUUACAGCAUUAUUUUGUGUAAUCUACUGAUUCAGUUCGCUUAAUCUUGACUCGAGAUUCCUCGGUGGAGGAUGAAAAAUUUACGUUGGUGCAUGGGGUGACGCUACAUUAGAGCUUCGAUGCAAUAUGAAGGACUUGAGAAGGACAAAACACGCUGGUGUAAUCAAUAUUAACAUUAACUAUUCAUUGUAUAUCAUGUAAAGGAUGAACAUUGUGCGUGGGUGUUUUGUGAAAGACUCUGUGUGUUUACUUUUGCACGUACUCAGAUUCACAGUUUCUUGGUAAUCUAUUUUAUGAAGUGCUGUGUGUGAUUUUUUUGGACAUGGCUGUUGAAGUGUUGGUGUUUUUUUUGUUUUUCUGUACAUGUGAAUCCCAGCUGUUUCAUGCUCUCUCCACUGCCUGGUGCCCUUUCCUCACAUAGCCUUCUUCAUAGGUUUCAGACAGCCAAGGUUUUCAAGAAAUGACUGCUUUUUUUGUUGUUUUUUUCUUUUUUACAACAGUUGUGAAGUUGAAGCAAAGUGUUUGCUUUUCGAUAGAUUUAAUGAAGUUUACAUAUAUGUGUGCGUGUGUGUGUGUGAGUACAGGUGAGCCUUUCUCUGGGAUAAUGUCGUGUAAAGAAUAGACUUUACAGAUGGCGCAUCGGUAUUGUUCACAUUUAAAAAAAAAAAAAAACAAGUAAAGUGAUAGUUUGUGUGUAGAUUUGAAAAACUCUUCUUUUAACCUCCGUCUUGCUGACACUGUCACAACAAAAGCACAGCAGAAAGCAAAGUGACGCCUUUCCGACGAGUGAAGCGAUCAGCACAAUUAAAUAGCACCAAAAGAGUUUAUGAUUUGACUUGAAGAAUGUGUUAUAAACAGGAUGUGUCUUCAGUAUUACUUGAGAGUGCUACACAGCCGUCUUUUUUAUUAUUAUUAUUAUUAUUAUUAUUAUUUAUUUAACCUGGAGUGUGUAUAGCCAUAUUUAUUGUUACUGUAUUGCUGUAGAGCUAUUUAUAUGAUCGAUUUUACUUUUAUUUAUAUGCACGUUUGAUGUAUAAAAGGUGGAAAUAAAUGUUGAUGAUUUAUGGUCCCAGAAAGA